AAAGAUUGCGAAAAUGGAAAAAUUAACGGCGGCCUGCUCCACGUCGCAGCAACUAGGGCUUCCAUACCAUUUCAUGAUCGCUAUAUAUACCACACGCCGUCGACUUCAUCGGCAACUCGUCUGGGGUUUCCAGUUUACAUCAUAACCAGGUUUCUACCCAUGUCGACUGAAAAAAGAGGGUCAAAAAGGUCAAAGACAUCCAAUGAUUACCCACAAACAUCAGAUGCUUGUUCUCAAACCAAUCUUAAUGACAAAGAUGUGGAGUUUGAAUCUGAACAACCUCGACACUUUGUUGGAAUGGAUAAAGCGAAAAUGGUUCCAUCAUUGUUAAAUAACUCGCCGGAGAAUAAAUACCAGCGAUUGUUUGACAUAAUGGACCAACAUCUUUCUUUGCAAAAAGAAAAAAUCGCGAUAUUGAUAGAAAAGGUAGCAUUUAAAAAACAGAAAGUGUAUUUAGAUAUUCUUGAAACGAAGACUGAUGAUUUGGAGGGUGACGACCUUCUAGCGGUAUUAGCCAUAAAAAAAUUAGUUAGAGAUAUAUAUUUGUAAUUUUUAGGGAAAAUGACUUAAGAGACCAUUCAAGUUUCAAAUUGGUUCGAAAAAAACAUUCAAGUUCGUUCGAAAAAAAACAUUCAAGUA